CCAGUCUAAAAUGGAUGACUGACACUUCCCACUUCGGAGAAAAACACUUAUAUAUAUCCUGAUUUGCUUGCAUUUUUAGAUGAUGAAUAUCGUUUUCCAACAUGGAUUGAUUCAUUAAGCAUUCAGCUAUGUCAAGAUUAAGAGAAAAUCCGGAGAAGUUGUUUGAAGUGUUUCUAGAAGUUGGCAAGCCCACUGAAGAAAAAAAUGAACCAUUCAUUUUGCAAAAAUACCCACUGGAUUACAAUGAAGCGGACGUUCUUAAGUCUGUUCCUAAGUUUGCAUUUCCUUGCGACACAGAAAGGUAUACGACUGCAGUUGACCAUUUCACAUUCACCCUGACAGACCUGGACAGUAAGUUCAAGUUCGGCUUCUGCCGUCAUGCCACUGGAGCUCAGACAUGCUUUUGCAUUGUCAGUUUCUUACCAUGGUUUGAAGUAUUCUAUAACUUCCUCAACAUUCUGGCUGAAAUAACCAACCGUUCCGAGGAUAAUGACAUGACCAGUAUGCUGCGGGCAGCAUAUGUUCAUGAGGUACCAAGUCAAGGUAUCCCUGUCACAAUUGUGUCGGGCCAAGAGAUGUUGAGUUUUAAGGCCCCAGAAGCAAGCAAGCUACCAGCCAUUCCUGCCAGUAGAAAUUUGACUGAAUAUUAUAAUGCAGUCGAUACAGAAAACAUGAUGAUUAUAUUUGCAAGCAUGUUACAUGAGAGACGUGUAGUUAUUACAUCAAAGAAGUUGAGUCGAUUGACUGCUGUUGUACAUGCUGCCACCAGUCUACUAUAUCCAAUGUUCUGGCAACAUUUGUUCAUUCCAGUAUUGCCGUCUUUCCUUAUUGACUAUCUCACUGCCCCUAUGCCAUAUGUGAUUGGAGUCCAUACAGCUUUAAUGCAGAAAGUUAAGACUGCCGAGCUUGGUGAUGCUGUGGUAGUUGAUGCAGACAAGAACACUGUUAGCACAGAGUUUGAUGAUUUACAUGACUUGCCUGAUGAAAUGUCAUCCUACCUCAAGCGUCACUUAAAAGGAGAUAAAGUGAAGAAUUCCAUGCAAGGCACAGGUGAUAUCAUCUCUAAAACUUUCAUGAUGUCUCUAGUCAAACUUAUAGGUGGUUAUAGAGAUGCCCUCAUGUUUCACGAAGGGGAGACAAUCACGUUUAAUCCACAGGCAUUUGUCCAGUCACGUCCACUCUCGAUGCAACCUUUCCUAGAGAAUAUGCUUCAUAUGCAGAUCUUCCAACAGUUCAUAAAUGACAGACUAGACAUGUUGAAUUGUGGGCGUGGAUUCGCAGACAUAUUUGAACAAGAAUGUUUGAUACAUGCUGAUAAAUUGAAUGCCCAGACAAGGUACAAUGAAUGGCUUGGAAAAAUGAAGAAACAAGGCAAGAAGUUACACAGAGGUGGUAAAGAUGUCUGGUCGGAUUUCAAAGUGAAGGCGGGACCAGUUAUGAAGGAAGCCAGAGGCAUGAUGGAUAUCAUGACACAUCGGGUAUAUUAUCUUUCCUUUUUCAAUCUUUUCAGCACAACUCUUGUUAAAGACUUUUAUUGUUGUUUUUUAAAUUCUUUGACUCUUCGACUUUCUGCCAUUUUGGAAGCAUGUUCUGUGUAGAAAAAGUCAGCGAAGCAGCUUUGUAUCAAAGAAAUUAUCUCAUUGGCUUAUUUGAAAUCAUGCAGCACAAAGAGAGCCAAUCAGAAUAGCUGUUAUUUUUGACAAAUUCUUUUGUUAACAUAUAUAAAAAAAAAUGGCAGCUGACAAACUUUUGAUAGUACCAGAAGUUUUAGAAGUAUUAACAGGAAAAGUGAACAGGAGUUGUUUAUUUGAAAACAUUGAAAAAAGAAUCUGUUGCUUCGGGAUGCUCAUGAAAAGUGUGUACUCUAUAAUGGUCUAACUGCAUCCUGUCUGUGUCAUAAGUGAUGCAUGUUCUUUUUACUGGGAUAUUGAAAGCUAUCAACUUUAACCCUUACCCUGCUAAAUAUCUAAAAUUGACUGGUCCAUCAUUCAAUUUGGGCCAUACCACUUAUUAUUCAAAGGGGUGUUCACUGAAAAAUUACUAACUGAAUAGCGAACAGUGCAGACCAUGAUCAGACUGCACGGAUGUGCAGGCUGAUCUUGGUCUGCACUGGUCGCAUAGGCAGAAUCACUUGCCGCCAGCAGGCUAAGGGUUAAAUACAGUAUGUCAUCUGGUUGUUUAUCAAAGAAUAGAGACAUUUUCAUGGUUUAUAUCUGAUUAACCAUAGUACAGAGUUCAGAUGCUGAGGAACUGGACCAUGAAGGUGUUAAUAUUUAAGCAUUUGAAUGAUGAACCAUGGUAAAUUGGUAGAUAAACCACAAGUCUUGCUUAUUUUCAUUCUAUCGUGCUCGUUGAAAUAUGAUAAAAAUGAUGUGAAGAUUCAUUCAUACAAAAUAAUAAUGAACUGGAUGUCAUGAGGUAUUUUGUUGUUCUAAUAUAAUUUAACUGAUCUGUGCAGCAACCAUUGUUUAUCACAGAUUCUAAUAUGCUUUUAUCUGUUAAAACAUUCUGACGCUAGAAUGACGUCGGGUUAACAUGAGGUGACGUCAGUGUUUUUAUUGCGACCAAAAAAGAGCGCUACUAAAUUUUAUCUACUGUCUUAGAUUAAGGGCAUAUUAGAAUCAAAAUAAUUUAUAUAAAAACCGUGUUUUAACACUAUUUAUACACUCUGGCGGUAAUACGUCGUACAAAUAAUUUCUGCGCCCUCGUGACAUUAUUACGCUCGAUGUAUAACCACCCAUCGUGCAUAAAUAGUGUUAAAACACCCCUUUGCUAUAGAUUAUUUCUUAGAUAUACAAUGCUUGAAUUCCUUCUUUGUUAGACAUACAAAAAAAUGGAGUCAUGAUAAAACUUUUGUUCUGUUACAUAUCAAGCUGUUUAUUUAUGUAAACUUCAUUAAUGACACGCUACUACUAGUUCAUUACAGAAAUCAUCAGAUUUCCUUGCUUUAGGUUUGGCAUUAGAUCCUCUAGUGAAGAUAUAACUAUAGACGUUAUGCCAGAAGUCUUUCGUCCUCCUGUUAAGAGGGGUAUGCCUCAGAGUUUCUCUUUAUUUCCAAAAUAAUUAAAGACCCUGUCCAUUAAUUUGUUAGUUCAUAAUUAUGUGAUUUAAGGAUGUCUCAGAUUUGUGAGCAAUACAUUGUUAUUUAAGAAAAACACUCCUAAUAGCCUGUGAAAUAUAUACAAAUGCCAUGAUGUAAAAUUGAGUAAAACUUGUUUUAUAAUUUACCGUAAUGUAGAUCUGCUGGCAUGCCUCUGUAAUUUGGAUAAAGUAUUUGAGUACUUAAUGAAAUAGUUAGUGAUCUGGUAAAGUUCAGAAUUAUGAUUAUGUAUACUAGCUUCUGUUGCAGAAUGUGUAAAUUUAGUAUAACUUGUUGUUUACGACACCUGAGCUAAUGCAACCUACAAAGAUAGAUACUUUCUCUCCAAGAAUUUUUUUUAAUCAGUUAACUUACCCAGAGCGACUAUACUCUGUACAACAGACACAUUUCAAGUUGUACUGUAAAUCUGAUAUGAUCAUUAUAAUAUGAGUCGAAUGCUUUUGAAACUUUGCACAAAUGUAGAUCACUAUAGGAUUGUGUUGCACACGCAACUUAUGUCAGGAUCACAUCCUCAUAGUCAUUACUAUUUCAAUAAUUUACAAUCCAUAAAUUCCCACAUAACAAAGUGAUCCACUGAUGGUUCUUCAUGCAAUUUAAAAUCAGUAUAGAUCACUAAAGGGCAUUGAAGCAUGUGCUUCAUUCAUUAGGGUGUCUUCAGUAAUUGCAGAGUUAUUGCCCUUUAAUUGUUUAAAAAUUCAUAAAUUCCCACUGAACAUAUUAAGCCAUUGAUGGAUCUUCACGAAACUUCAUACAAAUACAGAUCACUGUAGGGUGGUGGAGCACACUCAGUGUUUGUCAAGAUAUUUUAAGUACCUGCAGAGUUAUUGCCCUUCAAUUGUUACAUCUUUCACAGCAUAGUCCCCGCAUUUACAAAACAACCUAUUCAGGAGGGAACAUAAAUUCUCUGAAUUUGCUUGAUUUUAUUGUUUUUGCAGUAUGUAUGUAGCAGCUUUCAAACAUGCAUGUUAUUAAUAUCUCUAACUGAACAAGAGUAUUAUGUUCUUCAUUACAAAUACUGCACUUUGAGUACUUGGCCAAUAUUAUUCAGCUUUGAAAGAAACAAUGUUACAUUAAAUUUG